UCGCCUCGCAGCCGCGCACACAACGCCUCCUGCCCGAGCCGCGCGAACCGCUGCAGCCCCGCCGCCGGGCUCGGCGCCCCAGCCGGCUCGCGGCCGCCAGUCCCGCCCCGCGUCAGCCCGCAGCGCAGCCCGCAGCUCUUCCCCUCGCCCGGCCUCUUAGAACUCUGGCUCCUGUCCUUUGCUGGGCUCUCUCCUAGUUCCCCCACCCCGGAUUUUCUCAACUCCCUUCCUUUAUCCUUAGCCACCCAGAUCCCCCGCUUCCUCUUUUUACUGGGGAUUUCUUCUCGACUUAAGAUGACUUGUCUUCCAUACCCGCGUCCGCUUCAGCCCUGAAGACCGGGAAGCAGCUUUGAUCUUCCCCGGGGGCAUUCAAAAAGACCGCAAUCCUUAACAUUCCCGGGAGGCAAAGGAACAGAGCGCGGGACCUCCUGGACACCCUUGAGUCCAGCCCAGAGCUGCACUAUCGACCACAACUCGUAUUUCAUUGAACCCCACCGGAGAGGAGGGAGAGAGGGGUCGGAAGCAAACUUCAUCCAGCCCAGAGCAUCCGCGCUCCCCGCGUCGGCAGGAGCCGCGUGCGGAGAGGCGAAGACUCCCGCCGGGAAAGCGGAGCCGCCAGCCUCUCACCCCCUCGGCGGGGCCGGAGCCCUGGACUGAGCCGCGAGGGGCAGCAGCGGCGGAGGCAGCCGGGAGAAGAUGCGGGGCUUGGGGCCCCGGGGUGCGGGACGCCGGCGGCCCCCGGACCGCGGCGCUGACUCCCCCAGCACCCCUGCUUCUCUGGCCGGCUGCUACUCCGCGUCCCGCAGGGCCCCCCUCUGGACGUGCCUUCUCCUGUGCGCGGCGCUCCGGACCCUCCUGGCCAGUCCCAGCAACGAAGUGAAUUUAUUGGAUUCACGUACUGUCAUGGGGGACCUGGGAUGGAUUGCUUUUCCAAAAAAUGGGUGGGAAGAGAUUGGUGAAGUUGAUGAAAAUUAUGCCCCUAUCCACACAUACCAAGUAUGCAAAGUUAUGGAACAGAAUCAGAAUAACUGGCUUCUGACCAGUUGGAUCUCUAACGAAGGUGCUUCCAGAAUCUUCAUAGAACUUAAGUUUACUCUGCGGGACUGCAACAGCCUUCCUGGAGGACUGGGGACCUGUAAGGAAACUUUCAACAUGUAUUACUUUGAGUCAGAUGAUGAGAAUGGGAGAAAUGUCAAGGAAAACCAAUACAUCAAAAUCGAUACCAUUGCCGCUGAUGAAAGCUUCACAGAACUUGAUCUUGGGGACCGUGUCAUGAAACUGAAUACGGAGGUUAGAGAUGUCGGACCUCUAAGCAAAACGGGAUUUUAUCUUGCUUUUCAAGACCUGGGUGCUUGCAUCGCUCUGGUUUCUGUGCGCGUGUACUAUAAGAAAUGUCCUUCUGUGGUACGACACUUGGCUGUCUUCCCUGACACAAUCACUGGAGCUGAUUCUUCGCAGUUGCUGGAAGUAUCGGGCUCUUGUGUCAACCAUUCGGUGACAGAGGAACCACCCAAGAUGCAUUGCAGUGCUGAAGGGGAGUGGCUGGUGCCCAUCGGGAAAUGCAUGUGCAAGGCAGGAUAUGAAGAGAAAAAUGGCACCUGUGAAGUGUGCAGACCUGGGUUCUUCAAAGCCUCACCUCACAACCAGAGCUGCAGCAAAUGUCCACCUCACAGUUACAGCCAGGAGGAAGCUUCCACCUCUUGUGUCUGUGAAAAGGAUUAUUUCAGGAGGGAGUCUGAUCCACCCACAAUGGCAUGCACAAGACCCCCCUCCGCUCCUCGGAAUGCCAUCUCAAAUGUUAAUGAAACUAGUGUCUUUCUGGAAUGGAUUCCUCCUGCUGACACUGGUGGAAGGAAAGAUGUGUCAUAUUAUAUUGCAUGCAAGAAGUGCAUCUCCCAUGCAGGUGUGUGUGACGAGUGUGGAGGUCAUGUCAGGUACCUCCCCCAGCAAAUCGGCCUGAAAAACACCUCUGUCAUGAUGGUGGAUCUGCUCGCUCACACAAACUAUACCUUUGAGAUUGAGGCAGUGAAUGGAGUGUCCGACUUGAGCCCAGGAGCCCGGCAGUAUGUGUCUGUAAAUGUAACCACAAAUCAAGCAGCCCCCUCUCCAAUCACCAAUGUGAAAAAGGGGAAGAUUGCAAAGAACAGCAUCUCUUUGUCUUGGCAAGAGCCAGAUCGCCCCAAUGGAAUCAUCCUGGAGUAUGAAAUCAAAUAUUUUGAAAAGGACCAAGAGACCAGCUACACAAUCAUCAAAUCGAAAGAGACGACUAUGACUGCAGAGGGCUUGAAACCAGCUUCAGUGUAUGUCUUCCAGAUUCGAGCACGCACCGCAGCAGGCUACGGCGUCUUCAGCCGAAGAUUUGAGUUUGAAACCAUCCCAGUGUCAGUUGCAGCAUCCAGCGAUCAAAGCCAGAUUCCUAUAAUUGCUGUGUCUGUGACAGUGGGAGUCAUUUUGUUGGCAGUGGUUAUGGGCUUCCUCCUUAGUGGAAGUUGCUGCGAAUGUGGCUGUGGACGGGCUUCUUCCCUGUGCGCUGUUGCCCAUCCAAGCCUAAUAUGGCGGUGUGGGUACAGCAAGGCAAAACAAGACCCAGAAGAGGAAAAGAUGCAUUUUCAUAAUGGGCACAUUAAACUUCCAGGAGUAAGAACUUAUAUCGAUCCACAUACCUAUGAGGAUCCCAAUCAAGCUGUCCAUGAAUUUGCCAAGGAGAUAGAAGCUUCAUGCAUCACAAUUGAAAGAGUUAUUGGAGCAGGUGAAUUUGGUGAAGUUUGUAGUGGACGUUUGAAACUUCCAGGAAAAAGAGAAUUACCUGUGGCGAUCAAAACCCUUAAAGUAGGCUAUACUGAAAAGCAACGUAGAGAUUUCCUGGGUGAAGCAAGUAUCAUGGGGCAGUUUGAUCAUCCUAACAUCAUUCACUUAGAAGGUGUAGUGACCAAAAGUAAACCAGUGAUGAUAGUAACAGAGUAUAUGGAAAAUGGCUCUUUAGAUACAUUUUUAAAGAAAAAUGAUGGGCAAUUCACUGUGAUUCAGCUGGUUGGCAUGCUGAGAGGCAUCGCUGCUGGAAUGAAGUACCUUUCCGACAUGGGCUACGUGCAUAGAGACCUCGCUGCUAGAAACAUCUUAAUCAACAGUAACCUUGUGUGCAAAGUGUCUGACUUUGGACUUUCCAGGGUACUGGAAGAUGAUCCUGAGGCAGCCUACACCACAAGGGGAGGCAAAAUUCCAAUAAGAUGGACUGCCCCAGAAGCUAUAGCUUUCAGAAAGUUUACCUCUGCUAGUGAUGUCUGGAGCUAUGGAAUCGUGAUGUGGGAGGUUGUGUCUUAUGGAGAGAGACCCUACUGGGAGAUGACCAAUCAAGAUGUGAUUAAGGCAGUAGAGGAAGGCUACCGUCUGCCAAGCCCCAUGGACUGUCCUGCUGCCCUCUACCAAUUAAUGCUGGAUUGCUGGCAGAAAGACCGAAAUAGCAGGCCCAAGUUUGAUGAAAUAGUGAACAUGCUGGACAAGCUGAUACGUAACCCAAGCAGCCUGAAGACGCUGGUUAAUGCAUCGAGCAGAGUAUCUACUUUAUUGGCAGAACAUGGCUCCCUGGGAUCUGGGGCCUACAGAUCAGUAGGUGAAUGGCUAGAAGCAAUCAAAAUGGGCCGGUACACAGAGAUUUUCAUGGAAAAUGGAUACAGUUCAAUGGACGCUGUGGCUCAGGUGACCUUGGAGGAUUUGAGACGGCUCGGAGUGACUCUUGUUGGUCACCAGAAGAAGAUCAUGAGCAGCCUUCAAGAAAUGAAGGCGCAGCUGGCAAACGGGAUGGUGCCAUUGUAACUUCACUUGACUGUCCUUUCAUUGAAUGAAUGUUUCUGCACUUUGUAAACAAGCCCUGAGAUUUAUUUUAACAAAGAGGGGGGAAAGGAAAACUCGGUGAUUUCUAAACCUUUUGGGAGCAUUUCUUUCAGCCACAGAAUUUGUAAUCAGUGUUUUAGCUUCUUCUCAGUGUCAUUUUUUAAGAAACUAAUAUGACCUCCUUGGAAUAACAACACAAGGUUAAACAUGAUCUUAUCUUACAACAAAAAACCCUUCCCACCACUUCUACAAAAUUUUGUACAUGAAAUAUAUAACUGUAAACAGCACCUUUCUAGACUGAAUGAAGGCAGCACCUUUCAAAACUUCCAAGAAUCUACUUGAAGGGCAAAGUUUUAUAGUCAUGUGUGGGCUAACACAAGCUGCAAAUUACUGAAGUUUACUUCAAGUCUUAAUUGUCUACAUAAGUGUACUGAAGAGCAAUAUGGUUAGAUAAUUUCUUAAUAGGUAACUUCUUUUGCGAUUUUAAAGUGCUGUUACACAGCGUUAAGUUAUAGAAACUAGUGUAUAAACAUGUUGCUUGAUCAAGGACAAGUAUAAUACAGGGUGUAUAUUUAUUUUUCGGUGUUAUAGAAUUUACUUUCAGCUGCUCUUCUAGAAACUCGAUGGUAAUAGAUGUGUAUAUACUGUAUCAUUUGCUGUAUACCCAGGAAUCAAUUUAAGUUGGAGUUUUGUGUAUAUGUGCUUGCACCUGUUUGCAUUACCAUUCUGCUUGCAUUUUUAAUAGUUUUAAUUUUAGCAGCAUACAGGAACAAGUGUUCCAGAGUGGAAUAUGAACAGGAGAAAUAGGGAAGCAGUGAAACAAAAUUUAACACAAGCUGUGUCUUUUUUCCUCUCGUGUUCCCAAAAGCUACUGAGUCUCUUUAUUCACUAACAGGAAAUGUCUGUAAGAUUAAAUCCCCUUUGGCUUUUUAAAAACACUUUUUGAUAUCUGUGACAAUACAGUUCUUCUAGCCAUUAAUCUUGCACCCCUGUAAGAAAUUUCACCUUUCUGAGUCCCAGAAAAUAUCUUGUCAAGCAACGUUGACACCGAAGGGCACAUUUUCAGAAGGAUGAAGGAUUUAACUGUGCAGACUUCUGUUAAUGUUGCUAAAUCCAGGCACAUAGCACUAAGCAUUACCCCUAAGUGUUAAUCCUUUGUAACCAUUUCCCUGUAGCUCAGCUCUAGAAAUUUUGAUAACUAAGGCAGCAAUGAAAUGAUGACAAAUGUAUCUACUUCCUUCAUAAUUUUCUCUAUUUCAAGACUUGGCAUGUUUUAUUUGUUGAUGGUUGUCUAUUCAUUUGGAAAUUUCAUCUUCUAUUCAGUUAUGUCAAAUUGAAUUUAUUUUGAUGAACCAAUUUAAAGUUUUAUUUAAUUGGCCUUAUUAAGCAAUAUAAGAUAUACCCUAUGUAUACUCUAUAUACCAUACUUGAUGAAGACUGAUACAUUUGUGGUACCAAUUGUAAAGUUUAUUAGAAUAUGAACAAAACUGAGGUUCUUACUAAAAUAAUGAAAUUUUUGUAUUACUACACUUUAUAGAAAUCAUGGAAUGACAUGUGAUUCAAGGAGAACGGCAUUUAAACAAAAUAGAGCCUACUUGUGAUUACCAAACGGUAUAAGGAAUAGGCUGGAUUAGUGAAAUCCAUAGGAAAUAUACCUGCAUUAUACUAAUGGCACCUCCUUUCUCUUUCCCAAGCACCUAUUUUAGUUGAAUGUUAGCACAUAAAAUAGUAAACUUUUGAGAAAUAACUUCUUUCUACCAUGACCACCUUUUAGUUAAGUAGUAAUGUAGCAUUUUGCUAAAGAACAAGGUGAAAAAUAAGGAAAAGAAGAAGUUCUAAACAAUUUUCAAAGGACAUGUUGAUUUAUUUCUAAUUAUGACUAUACUUGCUUAUUAGGUCUAUAGUAUACUAUGGCUCCAAACAAUCUAUGCUUCAAAUAUACUCUGGUUCAGUGAAAUUUUGAGAGAAAGUAGAGAGAGGUGGAAUUAGCAAGUAAGUAGGCAUUGCCAUUAUUAAAGAUGCAUUUGUUCAUUUCAAUAAACAUAAAAUUAGCUAAAUGAAUUCCUUUUGUACAAAAUAAUUGGAGAUUGUGUUGCACUGUAUUAAAUUUUGUAAAACAACCAAAUCUAAGUGAUAAAGUAACAAUUGAACAACUUCAAAGUAAUAAGAGAGUUAUUGAUUUUUUAAAAUAUAUUUUUAUUGAUUUUUAGAGAGAAAGGGGGGGAGAGAGAGAGAGAGAGAGAGAGAGAGACAUUGAUGUGAGAACUAAACAUUGAUCAGCUGCCUCUUGCAUGCCUCCUACCCAGGAUCCAGCCACAACCCAGUAUGUGCCUUGACUGGGAAUCAAACUGGCAACCUUUCUAUUCACUAGAUGACGCCAAACCAACUGAGCCACACAGGCCAGGGCUAAAGUUAUUGAUUUAAAAGAGAAACAAGCAUAAAUUUUUAGAGCUGAUAGACUAGCCAGAAUCAGUUACACAUAAGAAAGAUAGCUGCUAAAUUGUUUUCCAGCUUUAUAUGUUCAAAGAUGAUUAGAAGGUCAGGAUAGAAUACAUCUAAGUGAUUAGAAUUUGAAGUAACAAUGUAAGUUUCCUCUUUUCCACCCAAAGAACGUUAUGCAUUAAUUUGGAUCAAAUUGAUUUGCUUCCUUUGCAAUCUCGGUGUUCAUUUGGAAAGUAAAUUGAGAUAAAUGUUAAAUAGACACAUAACUUGCAUCCAUAUUUAAUUUUGGUUGAAAAUUUCUAAGGAAUGCCACUAUGAUUUUAGAAGGAAUAAAGAGACUUUCAAAUAAGAUGUACUUCCCCUAAGAGAGGAAAUAUUUGUUCGCCUCUGGAUAUAUCACCAACUGGGAAGUGCCAAUCUCAUCUAUAAAUGUGAGAAGUGGAACAGGAGAAAGAAACAGCUUUUGUGAAAAGCCGCGAGGCAGUAACCCAGGGCAAGGUUUGACAGAUCUUGAUUGUGUGAUUUCUUAUCAUUUUGGUUCAAUUUGUCACCCACCAGACAACUGAAAACAAAACAUAGUUUCAAUAAUUUUACCACAAAAGAUAGAUUUGUCAAAUGAUACAUAAUGUUUUUGUAACUACCAGUAGCAAUAUCUUUAGGGCGUGAGUCUUUGUCAGUGUUACUUUGAAAAUUAACUAUAAGCAGGGAGUAAUAUUCAACUUGCUGAUAUCUGUUGGAAUCACUUAAUUACUACUUUCCCCAUCUUGCCAUUUGCUCACAUGUAAAAAUGCCAUAUAAUCUGUUGUUCUUGGCCAUUGAAAUGUAUGAAUUAUAUGUAAAAAUGUAAAGAUUUUCAUCUUCUCAUUUAAAAAAAAAUAAUGUGCAUGGUCAUUGAUUUCUCAUAUGUUAAUCACCAAGUCAGUGUUCUGUAAAAAUUAUAUUCCAAUAUUCUAUAUACACUUAAAUGUGGCCAGCAUAAUUAGUCUCAGAGUUGCCAAAAGUUAAGAACAUCCUUAAGUCAGUCUGUAAAAGAGUUGUAACCAUGUGCAAUGGUGAAAAAAUAGUUUCAUAUUUCAGAUUUAAAAGAAACAUUACUAUCAUUUGAACACCUAUGUGUUUGCAUGUCUGCUAUUUAAUCUCUAUGUGAAAGUUCAAGGAUUGUUAACACCCUUCCUUCUCCCAUUCAAAGUGGGUUCUCAGAAGCACAAGCAGAGAUACUUACCUGUGGAAGACUUUUUGGCUGUAACUAUGGAUUGGACAGCAAAUGCUGUUUGAGUCAGAUGUUAGAAAUUUACUAGAUGUACAAUGUUGCAUAGUAGAGUGAGAUUGUUUCUCAUUUUUUCUUUCUAAAAAUAAGAAAAAAAAAGAAAGCUAAGUAUGAUAGUAAACAGUCUUUGCUUAUGUCCUGCCAGAUGUUUAAUCUCAAAGUAGAUUACAAGUAGGUAUAAUAAGAUGUUGAUGAUAAUGAAUAAAUAGUCAAAACACUACUUUUAUUUGAAAUUAAUAAUUGGAAUUGCCAUCCUUUUUGAAACUACAUAACACAACUAAUUACAUCAAAUAUGUUUCUCUAUCAUACUGUUAAUUAUAUAGUAAUGUAUCAAAUGAAAAGUAGAAAAAAUAUUUCUUUUCAUUUCUUGUUGAUUUCUGAGAGUCUUUUGACAUAUAAAUGAUUCAAUAUCUUUGUCCAGAAUGACCAUAUAAUUGUUGCUUAGGAGAAGACACCAAUUCUUUUUAAAAAGAGAGUCUAUUUAUAAUAAUCAAAAGCAAAUAGCAUGUCUCUUCUAAAUGAAAGUGGCAAAAUAUGUUUAUUAAGGCUGAGCUAUACUAACAGCAGAGAUUUCAAUGGUCAACAGACUUUUGAAUAUUUAGACUGCUAUGGUUUGACAAUUAAUUAUUUAAGAAUAUGUGAGCUUCCUUUAUAUUAGUCUGAGAAUAAAACUUAGACUCACUCAUUUGUUAAUAUGUUUAUUAAGAUCUCUGAGUUUCAGGCCAAGUGUAUCUUAUUUUACACCAGGCAUCAGGGUAUCUCCAGUCCCUGCCUCAACGUUAAUUCAAGGACGGAUUAGCACUUAUGUAUUUUCCCUCAUCUGAAGCUCUCUGUGCAUUUGGUUUGUGUACAUGUUUUUGUAGUGUAAGAUAUGAAAUUUUAUAUUUUUUCAAAAAAUAAAAACCCUUUGAACACAGUUAAA